CCGAUAAAAGGCGAACUUAUCGGCGAUUGGUGCUCAGUCGGUCGCGCACGCGCAUCGCGUCCACGCAGGCCGCCGAUCGAUCACUCGCGGCCUCGCGGCCUUACCGAUCACACCUCCGCGAGCCUCGCGACCCAUCCGUCGAUCAGAUCGAUCGCGAUCGAUAGAUCCGCCACGCCGGGAUCAUGUUGUCCGCCUGGAAGACCUGUUGCGUCCGGGUGCCGCAGAGAUGGGUUUUCGCGGUGAUGGGGUUCCUGGCCCUGUUCAACGCCUACACCAUGAGGAUUUGUCUAUCGAUCGCCAUCACGGAGAUGGUGGUCCCCGAGGCGGGACACCAUAACGAGAGCAGAGAUGACACCUGUCCAAUGGAGAACAACACCUCGGACUCCCCUGUGUCGUCGGGGGGCACUUACGAUUGGGACGAGUACACCCAGGGCAUCAUCCUGUCGUCCUUCUACUGGGGCUACGUGUUGACCCACCUGCCAGGUGGGAUGUUAUCGGAACGUUUCGGUGGAAAGUACUCCCUGGGUCUUGGGAUCCUCUCGACGGCGCUAUUCACCCUGAUAACGCCCCUGGCAGUAGAAUGGGGCGAUUCGACGGCCUUAAUAGUAGUGCGAAUCCUGAUGGGCCUAGGGGAGGGUACAACCUUCCCCGCGUUGAACGCGAUGUUGGCCCAAUGGACCCCCCCAGAGGAGCGAUCGAAGAUCGGGUCCAUGGUGUUCGCAGGAGCCCAGCUGGGCACCGUCUUCACGACGACGUUGUCCGGUCUGAUCCUCCACUACUCGGCCAUAGGCUGGCCAGCAGUCUUCUACCUCUUCGGGUCAGUCGGGGUCCUCUGGUUCCUGGUCUGGGUCCUGGUGUGCUACAACAACCCCAACGAGCACCCGUUCAUAUCCGAAUCCGAGAAGAAGUACCUGCACGAGAGGAUGAGCGAGCACACCCACCAGAAGCCACCCCCAGUCCCCUGGAAACACCUCCUGACCUCUGUCCCCGUCUGGGCGCUGAUAGCAGCCCAGAUAGGCCACGAUUGGGGCUUCUUCACUAUGGUGACGGAUCUCCCUAAGUACAUGAGCAGCGUGCUCCGGUUCUCCAUAAAAAGCAACGGGUUGUUGUCCUCGCUGCCCUAUUUGUGCAUGUGGCUCUGCAGCAUCCUAUCUUCCUGGCUGGCCGACUGGGUUAUCACUGCUGGCCUCAUCUCCAGGACGAACGUCAGGAAGCUGGGCACAACCAUCGCAUCGAUUGGACCCGGACUCUUCAUCAUCGCCGCGUCCUAUGCCGGCUGCGACCGCGUCGCCGUCGUCGCCAUGUUCACCGUAGGGAUGACCCUUAUGGGGACUUUUUAUCCAGGGAUGAAGGUGAACGCCCUGGACCUAAGUCCGAAUUACUCCGGGACUCUGAUGGCCAUUGUUAAUGGGAUCGGCGCUUUUACGGGAAUCCUGACGCCCUACGUAGUUGGGGUCCUCACUCCUGAUCAGACCAUCUCCCAGUGGAGGCUCGUCUUCUGGAUCGUCCUGGCUGUCUUCAUAGUCACCAACCUCAUCUUCGUAGUCUAUGCCAGUGGGGAGGUGCAGUACUGGAAUGAUCCAGAGUUCUUGAAGAAGGAACGAGAGGAGAGGCGGAAGAGACUCUCCGGGGAGAAGGCCAAGGAUGGGAAAUGAGGUGGAUGGGUCCCGAGGGUUCCCGACCGGGAGCACGGGAUUCGACCUCUGGAGAUAGGUGGAUGCAAUCUCAAGAGAUAGGAGAGAAGGAGAGCCUCGGCAGAGAGAGAGGCCUGGGGGAAUUCCCCUUUUGGGGGAAUCCCGAGGAUUUGAAGGAAAUUCUGGGAGGCUCCCUGCCGGGUCGGCGGCUUCCAGGAAUCCCCCUGGGAGGCUGCAGACCGGGGCGGCGCUCUGGAUAGAGAUCAAGGUCGUCGCUGGGGAUUCCCUAGCGCCCUAGUCUUUUUUUUAUCACGUCCGUGCACUGAUGGGAUGGUACGUCGAAAUAUCCCGACGACUCGGAGUCAUCCUCGAUUUUUAUAGUCGACUUUUAAUUAGCGUUUCGAUUCUAUUAGACGGACACGUGGAGUCGUCUCCUAGUUUCGCUCCCGCAAAAUCAUCCUCCUGAUAUCAUCGAUAGUGAGCGAUUAGACCUCGCGAGGCCGUACUUGCGCAACGAUCACUCGAUGACAGUGAUUUUUACGUCGCAGGCGGUCUCUCUCUUUCGAGGGGUGCUGUUUUAUCCGACAAGGGGGACCGCCAUGCACUAGUCAUUAAGGCGAUAUGAAAGUGUCAUACGAGAACUCAAUCCUUAAUGCAAUUUUUUUUCCAAAUCACUCGCACCAAUUCGCUCGAAAUUUCCGCCCAUAAAUCCGGAGGCUCCAAGUGAGGUCCUGACACCCAUAUAAUUAGAAAUUUAAAAAAUUUCUAUUACAAAUAACUUUUAAUUUCUUGCAAGGAAUUAAGUUUAAAGGGUGUUGGGACCUCCCUUAAGGCCUCCACAUCCACGUGGUAAAGUUUGACGCGAUUCGGCGCAGACCAUUCGGAGAAAAGUGAUUAAUCGAAUUGUCAGACGCCACUUUCAUCCCACCUUAAAAUCGUCAUAUGUUAUCCCUCGACGAGAGGCGGCCUUCUCUCAUCUCCAUUGUCAUCCCAAAAUUUGUACAUACACUCACGAAUCGUGAUUUCCCGGGAUUUCGAUCUCCUUAUCACUUGACGCAAUUCUUAUCGUGACGAGACAACGUAUCGACAGUCGAACCGGACUUAUAAUUAAAAAACGGCGGAAAAAAAGCGGCGUUCUUUCCGCGUUCUUCUGUCGGAGAUCGGGCAUUAUCGCGUGCCUUUGUUCCAAGAUCGAUCGGGAUCGGAUUAAUCGUCAUCGAUUUAAUCGGCGCUAUCGUUAUCGUCUCUUGACGUUCUAGACUUAAGGAAAUAGAUUAAGGGACUCGAUGGUCCGAUUCCAGAUAGAGGGAAUGCGAGGAAUGCGAUGUCAAUGUUACAUAACAAUGCCAAAACGACAAUGUCAGUCUGAUCUUGUCAAUUCGACAUUUCUAAACACGCGUAUCGACAAAUUAGUGACGAAUCGCUCCAAUAGAUGGCGACAGUAUGCGGUAGAAAUUCUCGAGAGCUUCGUCUCUCAUCAGCGGUCGGUAAGGGAGAUGUCCCUCCUUAUCACUGGCCGCUUCAUCGGCGGAUCGAUUUUCGGAUUAAUCGAUCUCGGCAGUUUUACUCGACGUUUAAUUAACCGUUUUAUUUUCCUAGGUAGACUCCUCCCUGUGAACGAAUUUUUAUUAAUAAAUGUGACAAGGUCCCUGAGAGCGA